AGCAUACACUACAGCAAAAAAGAAACAAAACAAAACAAGAACUACACUGAACACAAAACACAAUUGGGAACGCACCACAGAAUCGACUCUCGACGAUAAUCAUGGGGCGUAAUGAUAAUAGAUCUCACCAGGGCAGUAUUGCAUGCGGCACUGGUAUCUCGUACGUGCAGUGCCAGAAUCUCAAGUACAACGUCAUCAUCCUGGGCUGGCUGGGCGUGAUCAUAUCCUCCGUGACCCUAGGCAGCUCCAUGCUGACCCUCCACAUGCACCCGAAUAUUGGACUGAUGCUAAAGCAAGCGCUCCUCAGCAUUGCCGCGGCCAACGAGCACCAGUUUCUGAUGAAUCUGUUGACCAUCUUUAGCUAUUGCGCAUAUGGACUGUCGUUGAUCAACGCGGCCGUCAGCCUACUGCUGCUCAUUGGCGUGGCUCGGGAUAUGAGCUGUCUGAUGUAUCCCUGGUUGAUAUUCCAUGGCUUGAUCUUUGGUUUUGGCCUGUAUGUGGGUGUCUUCUAUGCCACCGUGGGCCUCUUCAUUGAUCUGUCCAGCUUUUUGAUGUGCCUCCUGGUAUUCACGCUCGUUCUGGUGAUCUUUUACAAGAUCUAUCACGAGGUCUUCACCCUAUUCCGCGUGAUGGGAGAGCAGUCGAAGUAUGGGACUCUUGGCGGAGUCUUCUACAAGGAUACCGAGCAUGGUUGGACAGCAGCGGCUGGAGUUCCCUGUCAGCAGGUCUACGUGCCCGUGCCCCUUAAACAGUAGCUGCACAAACAAUCAAAUACAUUCUAAUGACACUUUAAUAGAAUAAAUUGCGACUUCAUUUCAA